AUGGAAGUGCUCACCGCGCUCUGUCUCUCAUGCGAUACCACACAAUCGUUGCACCGAUAUGUAUACGCUGCCGGUGCUCAGCGUCCGAUUCCGUCGGAUCUGAAGGUUAACUCUGAGUGCAAGUCAUCCCUUCAGUGCUUACUAUUCAUCCCUAACUCCCACUGCGAUUGGGAUGAGAGGGUGUGUCGGUGUCAGCCCUAUUACAUCCUCUACAAUGACACCACUUGUCUGCCGGCGUCUCUGUUGGGCUUCGGCUGUAGUGUUGACUCUCAAUGUACUCUCAAAGUGCCAAACAGUCAGUGUUUGGAUGGCAUCUGUCAAUGCAAACCAGACUUCAUACCAUUGCGGAGAGACAAGUGUCUGCCCCCGGCAAAAGUGGACGACUACUGUCUGAAUGACCAACAAUGCCGACUUUCCGAUAGAUACACUCUUUGCAAGUAUAUUAUUCCCAGAAUUUACGGCAAAUGCAAGUGUCCUCUGAGUCACACCACUAAAGACAACAAAUGUCUUCCGAAUCUCGAGAAUCAGUGCUUUCAGGACAUCGACUGCCAAUUGGCUACAAAUGACUCGGUUUGCAGACAAAGAGCCAACUCUUUGGCAUCAGAUAAGGACAGAGAGAAGGAGUCGUCGGUCUGUAUGUGUAGAGAAGGCUUUGAGAUGACGGACGAUAAGCUUCAUUGCAAACCAUUGCCAACGACUACCAGUGCUUCAGCCGCUCCGAUAAAUAGCAUCGAUUCGGACGACUCGGAUGCGGAUGAGAGUGCCUUCACUAUAGAACCGGUAUCUCUGGGAAAGGGAUGUAAGAAUUCACUCGAGUGUCAGAUCAGAGAUCCCUUCUCUGCCUGUAUUGGAGGCAUAUGUGAGUGCAUUGCGAAGACCCCGUCCUGUAGUGCUGCCAACAGAGGCUGUCACAACGAUACCUACCAGUGCCGAAACGGACAGUGCAUUUCGUGGUAUUUUGUUUGCGAUAAACACAACAACUGUGACGACGGCUCUGACGAAGACGGAUGUCUUAAACAUAACUGUCCGAAGGAAGCGUUUCAAUGCGAUGACGGCACCUGUCUGUCCAGGGGAUCGGUAUGUAAUGGCAAAUGGGAGUGUCCGGACGGCUCCGACGAGGCCCGGUGCUAUAAAGGCAUUCCUUGUGAUGACAAAGCUUUCCGGUGCAAAAACGGACAGUGUUUACCGCAAUACGCCUUUUGUAACGCCGUUUCCGACUGUAUUGAUGGCAGCGAUGAAAACGAGACCAUUUGCGAGAAAUCCGAAGUCUGUCCGAAAGGUAUGUUUCAGUGCGAGAACAAGAGGUGCAGAUCUUCGGUGGUCCUCUGCAGUGGUGUCGACGGUUGCGGCGAUGAUAGCGAUGAGAAUAAGUGCGAAGUUUGCUGUAAGUGA